UAGCCUGAAAGCAAUUUCGUUGCUAUGUUUUGUUACCUGCAAACGCAGGUUUGCAAGGGACCGGAUAGCGGGUGAGAUAAAGUUUGCUGGGCUAAAAACAUACCAAAUAACAACAUCUUUCGCGACAAUAAGACAUACAUUUCAUACUGAACUACAGCAAAAUGAGGACUCAUUUUGAUCAAAUAGUCGUUUAUUUGCCUAUGCGUUACUGAACCAGUUCACUAGCGGCAUAUGGCCGUCACAAAGCAAACUAAUGACGUGAGAAGCGGCCAUUUUGAGAUCGAAAACAAAGCAAACACCACUAUAGGCAAAAUACGACCAAGGAAGAAGCACAAUUCAGGGGUUUGCGUUACAAAACGUUCAAAGAGACCGCUUGUUUUGGCGGCGAACUUUUGAGUCUAGACGGUCGUACAAAGCAAUGUUAUUGUACGAGGUGCUAAAGAGUUCGUUUCCGGAUCGCAUUUGCCGCAUGCAACUUGAAAUCUCCUUUAAAAGCAAUGUCAUGCCACUUAAUUAGCGAGAUUUACAAAUGAUAAAUGGUUCGAACGUCCCAUCCCUGUGUAUCCUUCUCUAUAUCAAUUACUUUGGUUUUGUUGUUUCAGCAGACAUACUUUUGCGUAAUGUCGCAUUUUUUUUCAAAAACUGGCGGCCUUAGUCAUCACGAUAUAUACGUAUAUUUCUAUAUAUAUAUAAGUUGCACUUGAAAUACAAAACAAAAUCAAUCAUCCAUCUAUCACCAGUGUAAAGUGAGUUAAGGUCCGUAGUUGAAUUGUGUUUAUCUUAAGUUGAUACGACUAACAGUUAAUCAGAUUACUCUCGAGAAAAGUGGCUCAACUUUUGUCUUCUUGGCUUGUUUUUCUUUCAGUGAUGAGGGUUCUAAAACAAAAACAGAGCUGACAGAAGAAGGCAAAUUCUGAAGGGCUCCUGACUGGACCAUGCUUGAGCGGGUAACGUUUGCACCCAUCAUUUGUCUGCUUAUUUGUUCAUCAGUGGCCUUGCCGUCAAAGCAAGCUGCAAACGCUAGCGACGAAAAUUUUCAGCAGACGCAAGCAGCAACAAGCCAACGAGAGGAACUAGUACCAAAAACCACAAGAUUGCACAAAAUGGGCAUUCUCAAGGUACCAACAAACACAAGACUGGUUCGACUUUACAACAAAAAUGGAUAUUUUCUGAAAAUCUCUAACACAGGGAGACUUCGAGGAACAAGGAGCAUCGACAAUCCAAACACACUAAUUGUAAUGGAGUCGAUGGGUCCAAGUAUCGUUCGACUCAAAGGCGUGGUGUCUAAGACAUACCUCUGUAUGAAUGAUGAGGGGAUUUGUCACAUCAUGGCUCAACCAACAGACGAAUGCCUGUUUAAAGAGAAGUUAGGAACGAACUAUUUCAACACUUACGCUUCUUACAAGUACAGCGGGAGGAACCCUGGAAACAUAACCCAAGAAUUCUACAUCGCUAUCAAGAAAAACGGAAAGCUUAAGCAUGGCGCUAACACAGCCAUGAUACAAAAAUCUGUGGACUUUACGGUAGUGCCGCUAAAGUAGGGAAGGAGCCAUGAAUGAUCGUGCUAAAAGCAAAGGCACCGAGAAGCCAGUGACAGCCAUGUGUGAAAUGACGGCUUGCGGAAAUCGUAAACGUGGUCGGCCGAAACCACAGAUCUUACAAAAGAAAGCAGAUGGAAAACUUUUGAAUACUCCUGUUAGCUUAUGAAACAAACAAAAAAUACACUGGGAAAUUAAAGCCACAGUGCACGACAUGGAUAGAAGAAACCAGUAAGAAAUAACAAGAAAGCCUUGUGGAGUAGGAAAUACUAAGAAAAGUUUGAGUGAAGGAGAUUGAGUAGGUGUGAACGACUAGCAGCUGCCAUGAUAAUACAACAGCCGAGGGAAACUGACCGUGAGCACAUGAUGGAAAUGAGGAGCGUAAAAACUAAUGCGCAUGAAAAAUGGAAAACUUAAAAUCGACUAUAAGCCCGUUGAACUUACAUCCUGGCAGAGUUGGUUUAUGUCACUGACAACUGGCUGGGUAACAUUCACAGAGUGUUUUGAACGAAUUCAGCGAAUACUCUAACAAAUGAAGCUUUGAGUGCUUCGCCCAAUGGAGAUCAGUUAUUUUACUACGGCCAAAGCAAAUCGCUUGGCUCGUGACUCCAAUUGUGCUCAACCUCAACCAUGUUGUAUCCAUUUUCAGCGAAUUUGACUACUGUUAACAGAGAGUUGUAGACGAGGUUAGAUAACAGUUAAAAAAAUCGAAUACAAUUGGUAUGAUGACGAAAUUCGACAAAAAGUAUGUUUUGACCGGAAUACAAAGACUUCAGGUGUAGGCUGCUACUUAAGUUCUCAACUCUUCUUCCAUAGGGACUGCAAUUAUUCCGGCGGCAAAACAUGUAUUUAAGAAAAAAAAAUCCAGAGGAGGCGAUGAUGAGCAAUAUCAAUCGCAACAUGCAAAAAGUUUCUAAUAAGGAAAUAAAAAAAGGCAUAAUCUCUUGGUAAAAGGCAAGUCAAAGUUGACGAUUCUUUGGAACGGUCAAAUAUCAAGAGACUAAAUAUUUAUUUUUUCAAAAUAGAGAAACAAAAGAAGAGGAAGAGUGAAAUUACCACAGAAAAAAAGCGAUGUAAUGAUAAUGUAAGAUGUAGCAUUUAAAUUUCAUUUCAUUUGUACAAAGCGAUUUCAAACAAUUCACAUAAAUCUUCGAGAAAUAAGGAUCCGACAGUGGCUGCUCUGAAUAGCCGCGUUUCAAGAAAUGUUAAACGUAAGCAUUAUUAUUUCGAAAAUCACGCUCUCGAACUAUUGUAGCAAUUUUUAUAAUGAAUAAAACAUAUUAAAGACAUUUCGGUGGUCUUCAA